ACUAUGGCAGAGCAGGAUCCCACCCCGGAACAGCUGGCGGCCAUCGCAGCGGCCAACGAGGAGGCGGAGGGCGGGGUCAACUACAAGCCCCCUGCCCAGAAGAGUCUGCAGGAGAUCCAGGAGCUGGACAAGGACGACGAGAGUCUGCGCAAGUACAAAGAGGCCCUGCUGGGGAACGCCGCCGCAGCUGCAGGUUGGUGUUGCUGCUCCAACUACACACGUUGUAGAGACAUACAGACACACGCUGCAGAUGCACUCAUGCAAUUUGGACACAACAGCCCCCUCUCUCUCUCGACCUGAUAAACAAACAGACCCACAUGCACAUCUCGUGCAACUAUCUCUUUGUUUAUUUUCUUAUAAUUCCCUCCUACCUACUUUUCAAGUCUUUCAGCAGGCUUUCUUUUCAGGGAUUUAAUUGAAUGAGUUUGCACAUCCCAUAAGAGAGGGAGGAAGAGGGCAAUAGGCUGGCAGUCUUGGUGCUCAGUGGGUACAGCAUUGACAGAGUUAGCCCCCCUCAGACGGGUCAGGAGCUGACACCUGCAACAGUCUGUGAGCUAGAUACAGGCUGGCUAGAUACAGGCUGCUGACUGGAAAGGAGGCCACGCCGCCUGGGCUUUUGUUAGAGCUGCGGUAUCAAAGACUGAGAUGAUCGUUGGUAGAAAUAUUUUCACAUUCUUUUAUGUCUGAUACUCACUUCCAUCCGUUGCAAAUGUCAUUAUCCACAUUUGAACUGUUCUUCAUGAACUGCUGUAGCUCUCUGCUUCAGUCUAUUGACUUAACUCCCUAGAGUUGAUUGACGCACCGGUGCGUCAAUUUAAGUAACAUAACAAAAAAAUCCACAUCAAAAUCAGUCAAUUUAAGGUAGAGAUAUCAGUUUUGUUUUGCAUUAGGAUGCGUCUCAAUCCACCGCAUCAGGCAGUGUCGCACUUCCGCAUCUGAAAGGUGGCAGAGCUAAAGCAGUGUUUGUCAGACCAUGAGAAAUCCCGAAAAUCGGUCUUCUUGCGUAAACGUCCGUAGCGUCGGAACAGUUUGACUUGCAAACUAUUAUGACCACUCUAUGGAAAGGGGAGCUUCUCACAAACACGACGGUUUGUGUCACGUGACUCGUCUGAAUGUAACCGGUACCGGUAAAAAAAUAAAAUAAUUAAGUAUGAAGGUAGUUUUGUGUCUACCCAAAAAAAGGGGUUAAAUAUGUUUAAAAAAUAUAUAUUUAUAUUUCCAGAGUAAAAAAAAAAAGAUGACUUAGGACAUACACUUUAAAACCUUGUUUCUUAUGAUUUUGUUUUUGACUGUCCUUUUUGCCAUUUAUGAAUGUGUUAUUCAAUGUGUUUCUAUUCUAUCAACAUUUGUUCAUAUUUGGUCCUAAAAUUCAAAAUCAAAAAACGAAAUGAUCAAUAGUAUGACUAUCUUAAGCCCCUCCCCCAACAUCUUAGACUCUAAAGAAUUAAACGUGCACUGCUUAUAAUAGUCCAUUUUGUUUGUGUAGAUCAUUAACUAUUUUAUACUUUGCUUUGUUUUUUCCCAUUGUCCCAGUAGACCCAAACGCUCCCAAUGUCCAGGUGACACGCUUGACCCUGAUGUGUGAGACGGCGCCACUGCCCCUGACCCUUGACCUACAGGGUGAGUAGAGCAGCAGAGUGGCUGUAGUAUGAGUGGUAUUUGGAGGGAGUGUUUCUGAAUACACUGAGGUGCACUUUUUGAGGAAAGGCUGGCCAUAUUGAAAGACUUCUAAUGUGUUUUAGUGUGAAAAGAAGCCUUUGUAGUGAGUACAUGUAAUAUUUUCCAUAUGAAUGUUUGAGUGGAACUAAAGCUUACCAUUGGGGAGACGAGACAUUGCCUCAUAGCAGCCGCAACACCUGGCCAGCUAUGGUUUACAAACAUACGUUUUCCAGUCAACAUAUUAGGCAAAUUCCAUGUGCCAUUUGAAAUGGAUUGGUUCAUUAUUUGAGUUAAUGAGGCAUUUAUUCUGCUGGUUUGAGACACUUCUGUCCUCAUAUGGCCUGUAGAGCCAACUACAGGGAAGAAACCAAGGCCAUAGAGCUGAACUCACAUACAGGGAAGCGCCAUCUAGUGGACACUAAUAGCAGGCUACAGCCCUGUUGGAAUACUUGCCUUUGUGCCUUGCAUUUUUAAAGACGCUGAAUCACUGAUCUGAUGCCUUUCACCUAUCCAGUCUAACACGAUUACUUCCAGGGAAGAACUUUGCACAUUGCACGUAUUGGAACAGGGUUAUAGACUCCUCUCCUGCAUUCACUCUGCCUGAGGGUCUCUGACGUUCUCUUUCUGUGGUCUGGCUGCCUCUUUCCCUCUGCUCAACCCCCUCAGGAGACCUGGAAUCCUUUAAGAAACAGUCCUUUGUCCUGAAGGAAGGCGUGGAGUACAGGAUAAAGAUCAGCUUCAAGGUAAAUGAAUGAGCCUGGCCUUUUUCACCAACGUGUUGUCUGUCUGUUUAUCCAAUCAAACUAACAUGACCAGUGUCAGCCUGGCCACUAACAAGCUAUUUUGGACAUUGAAAUUCAAUUGUAAGCAGAAUACACACCAUGUCCUAUCAUGAAAGGGCUGCUGUCUUAUCCGAAGGGUGGAUGUGGAAAGAGGAUGUGACCUCAUCACUGACUGUUGUCUCUGUCUGCAGGUCAACAAGGAGAUUGUGUCGGGACUGAAGUAUGCCCAGCAGACCUACAGGAAAGGAGUCAAGGGUAAGUUCUGCCGUUUCAUUGUCUUGCUCUGUCUACUGUGAGGAUUUGAGAAGCCCGGAUAAGGUUAAGCAAUAUAGUGUACCUUCCAUCUAGAGGACAACGUGGGGAUAUGACCAUGUUGCUUAUACUUUAUCCAAUUAUCUCAGAUAUCUAUAACAAGUGCAUUGGAGACAGGGGUUAGGGGUGUAUCUGGGAUUGGAUGUUGGAGUGGCCUGGUCAACUCAGGUGACUGUAUUCACUCAUGCACACAGUAAUUAGGUGAAGUUAGAUGACGCAGAAAGGUGGCCUGUUUUUAUCAACAGAGGCAACUUUGAAAAAUACAUCUAAGCCCCUCUCGUUCCUCUUCUCUCUCUCUCUCUCAUUCAUCUCUCUGUGUAGUUGACAAGUCAGACUACAUGGUGGGGAGCUACGGGCCGCGGCCGGCAGAGUAUGAGUUCCUGACCCCUCUGGAGGAGGCCCCUAAAGGCAUGCUGGCCCGCGGCACCUACAACAUCAAGUCCAAGUUCACUGAUGAUGAUAAGCAUGACCACCUCUCCUGGGAGUGGAACCUCAACAUCAAGAAAGAGUGGAAAGACUGAGUCCCCGUCAACUUCAUUCUUCCCCAUCCCCUCUUCUGUUCAUCCCUCAGUCUUAUUCCCCCACCAUUAUUUUGAAUUAAUAAUUGUGAUAAGUAAUUAAGGCAAAUUGCUCUCGUCCACCCCAAUCCCUGCUGUAGUUUAAUUCCAAUCACUUUGUCAUGCCAUUCCCCCCCACACGCACUCCUUGUGAUGCUGAGUAUUGAAUAUGUGGAGAAAGCAAACCAUGUGCACAAUCAUGAAUUUGUGUUUGUUAGUUUGUAUAUAAAUAUUUUUUUAAAUAAUGAAAAGAACGAUAGAUUGAUCUGUUAAUGCUCUUCAUAUGGAUGUCAUUGGUAAUCAGCUGUGUGAAUUCCUCAAUCCUUCCCCCUUCAUCCCGUCUUCUGUCUUACAUUCCUUUUUACCCCCCCCCCCUUCCUUCCGAUUGUUUUAUACGACCAUGAUCUGCCUUGUAAUGCAUUUUAAAGGGGGUGUUGCUGUGUGUUAAAGGCUGUUGUAGGCCCAUACUGUACUCUUUGUUGACGUUGCCCUCUGUCAGUGGAAAGCCUUUGAGCAGAUUAUAUGUACCAGAGUCCACACAAUUUUGUUUAUUCUGGAACUGGUGUGAAUGCCUAAUGGUUAAGAGGCGGCAUCAACAGCACUUACCGCCAGUCCACCAGAGGCACUGUGACCCCCUGCUGAAGGUGCAAGUGUGCCUCUCCCUGAUCAGGGUUUUGACCUCCCUACCUAGUUCAUUCAGCAGCCAUGUGGCCUUAAAGAGGAUUCCUGUAGAACUAACGAUGAAGGAAAUGAUCACUAAGAGCCAUUUGCCUUUAGAACAGAACUGUCAGAUUCUUACGAGAACCUCCAACAGGGUUUGAGUAAAAGAGUAUUAGGCUAAAUGUGCAGGUGCUAACAUGAUCAGACAGACCAUUGAGAUGAUUGUACCUUCUUUCCAGAUUAGCCAGUAGAAGUAGACCAUGAAAGUGAACAGCGGCCAUCUCUGCUCCCUUCCCUCCUCACCAUGUCAGGUGGUCUCAAUGUGGACCACCUUCAGUGCCGUUUGCUGACAUGAAUGUGUUUGAUAUAAAGAACCUGGUUUUGUUAAGGAGCACAUUUUUUCUUAGUUGUCAUCAAAUGCCCUCUAAGCAGACCUCGAGGCCUUCCAGUCACUAACUCCAUUACUGUAGUGUCUCAUAUGGGGCCUUGUGGGCAGAGAGGAAUGUCACACAAGGGUUGUUAAUCCGCUCACCUCAAGUAUGAAUCGACUCCAGGAUUACCAAAACUGGCUGUGCCUCUAGCCUUUACAACCACAAGCUGCUCUCUGCUAAGGUCUGUUGACUUUCAGAAUGGGUGCUCAACAUCAAAUAGUUGAACUUUGACCCUGUGUAUAGACUCCUGGACCUGAUGUUUUAGGUCAGGUCUAACUUGUACACAGACCCAGAGUUUCAAGUAGAACGAGAACGGCCAAGACCUUUUACUACUACUACAUAACCUUGUUAUUUUUGUACACUCCAUUUUUCAACGUCAUAACCUGUGAUGUAGGGCUUUGUUUGGUUUCACUGGUUCAGUAUGCUUCAUUGGAUCAUUUUCAGUAUGGUUUUGAUUCUUUGUAACUACUCCUCUAUGCCACCUGGAGAUUACUGUUCACCUGUGUCACAUUAAAGUAUUCAGACUGGA